UUGCAGCUUCAUUGCUCUGUGGUGAAGCGUGGAUACUCAGGGAAUGUGGAUUUGGAGACUUCUAUUGUUGAUGUUUACGGUAAGUGUGGGGCUAUGAGCGAUGCGAGGAGAGUGUUUGAUGAGAUUGAAAGCCCUAGUGAUGUUUCUUGGAACGUGGUUGUGAGGAGGUAUCUUGAGAUGGGGUUGAACGAUGAGGCGGUGGUGAUGUUCUUCAAGAUGCUAGAGUUGAAUGUUCGACCUUUGAAUCAUACAGUCUCUAGUGUGGUUUUAGCUUGUUCGAGAUCCAUGGCUCUUGAGGUUGGAAUGGUGAUCCAUGCCAUUGCUGUCAAACUCAAAUUCUUGCCAGACACGAUUGUUUCUACCUCUAUCUUUGAUAUGUAUGUAAAAUGCGGGAGGCUGGAGAGUGCUCGUAGAGUGUUUGAUGAAACCAAGUCUAAAGACUUGAAGUUCUGGACUUCAGCUAUGUCAGGUUACGCGAUGAACGGUAUAACUAGAGAGGCAAGGGAGCUCUUUGAUUUGAUGCCUGAGAGGAAUAUAAUCUCGUGGAACGCGAUGUUGGGUGGAUACGUGCGUGCCAGCAAAUGGGACGAGGCGCUGGAGUUUUUAGCCUUGAUGCGCAAGGAGGUGGAAGGUAUCGAUAACGUCACUCUCGUGUGGAUUCUGAAUGUCUGCUCAGGUGUUUCAGAUGUUCAGACGGGGAAGCAAGCUCACGGUUUCGUCUACAGGCAUGGUUACGAUGCGAAUUUGAUUGUAGCUAAUGCGCUUCUCGAUAUGUAUGGCAAAGGCGGCGCCUUUGGGAGCGCCAAUGCUUUGUUCCGUCAGAUGAGUGAGCUAAGAGACGAGGUUUCAUGGAACGCUUUGUUAACUGGCUUAGCUAGAGUCGGCAGGAGUGAGCAAGCCUUAUCUUUCUUCGAAGGGAUGCAGCUCGAGGCGAAGCCUAGCAAGUACACACUCGCUACGCUCUUAGCGGGCUGUGCGAACGUUCCUGCUCUUGGUUUAGGCAAAGCAACUCAUGGUUUCUUGAUCAGAAACGGAUAUGAUGUUGAUGAUGUCCUACGCGGUGCUAUGGUUGACAUGUACUCCAAAUGCCGAUGUUUCGACUAUGCUAUCAAAGUAUUCGAAGAGGCGGCUGCUACAAGGGACUUGAUGCUGUGGAACUCUAUGAUCCGUGGUUGCUAUCGUAAUGGGAGAAGCAAAGAGGUGUUUGAGCUGUUCAUGGCUAUGGAAGAUGAAGGAGUUAAGCCUGACCAUGUCACCUUUCUGGGGAUCUUGCGAGCUUGCAUACGCGAAGGCCACGUGGAGCUCGGUUUUCAGUACUUCAGUUCUAUGAGCAACAGAUAUUUUGUAUUGCCUCAGGUUGAGCAUUAUGAUUGUAUGGUUGAACUUUACUGCAAGUAUGGGUGUUUGCGUCAGCUUGAGGAGUUUCUCCUGCUGAUGCCUUUUGAUCCACCUGUCCAAAUGUUGACAAGGAUAAAUGAUGCGAGCAAAAAGUACGGGUGGCGAAAGUUAGGAGAAUGGGCUGCUGAACGGCUUCAUGAAUGAUCAUCACGAGGAGGAAAGAGAUUGUGUUUUUGCAUAUGCACUUUUGAGAAGAUUGCAGACAAAUCUGGUGUCUUUUGAAGACCAUGAAGAGGAAAGGGGAUGCAGGAGGUGAAACAAUUAGAGAGACAUCAUUAGUCUCUCCUGCCACUCCUAGAGUUCCUUGAUGACAGAGAUACAAUCCCCCACUGACCAUGCAACUUUCAUAAUGUAAGUUGUUCACUCUUAUAUAAGCUAUUAAUCAAGAUUGAUCUCUGAGUAUUUGCAGUUCUUGUUAUGAGGAUUGUCACACUUUUUUGCGUUUAAUCUCUGUUUUGUAAUUUUCAGAGUCUGAUAUUCAGAGAAGUCUGAUAAUCUUUUUAUCAAAAAGAUCAGUGUGAUGUAAUUUUAUUUGAUAUGUAAAUGCAGAACCAUUUGUAAAUAAUAACUGAUGUCUUUUGGAUGAAUACAAGAAUAGAAGUAUAU